UCACUCAGCUCCCGCGCCAGGGACGACGGAGGCGGCGGCGCCCGAGUCGAGUCCCAGCCAGCUACUGUCCCCCCUGGACCUCCCAGGCUGGCGCUGGAUCAUCCAGGCAUCCCCGCAGCGGGCAACCGCCAAAGGCGUCGAGCUGUGAGGGCGCUUAGACACGGCCGUUCAGGUAGCUAGGAGUCUGCCAGCUUUGGUGACCUUGGGCCGGGCUGGGAGAGCUGCGGCGGGAGCCCGAGGACGAUGAGGCGCCGCGCGGGUCCAGCAGCCCAGCCCUGCCCGGCGCGGCCCCGCAGCUCGGCGCCACCCCAGGUGCCCGGAACUUCGGGCACCGCCUCCGGGACCCCCUGGCGGCCAGCAGGCAGGAUGGUGCCUGCCUCGUGCCCCUCGGUGCCUGUCUGCUGAUGUGCCUCGCCUGUGCCUGUCAUGCCGCCCUCCAUCUCGGCCUUCCAGGCCGCCUACAUUGGCAUCGAGGUGCUCAUCGCCCUGGUCUCUGUGCCCGGGAACGUGCUGGUGAUCUGGGCAGUGAAGGUGAACCAGGCACUGCGGGAUGCCACCUUCUGCUUCAUCGUCUCGCUGGCGGUGGCUGACGUGGCGGUGGGCGCGCUGGUCAUCCCACUAGCCAUCCUCAUCAACAUUGGGCCAGAGACCUACUUCCACACCUGCCUCAUGGUCGCCUGCCCUGUCCUCAUCCUCACCCAGAGCUCCAUCCUCGCCCUGUUGGCAAUUGCCGUGGACCGCUACCUCCGCGUCAAGAUCCCGCUCCGGUACAAGACGGUGGUGACUCCCCGGAGGGCGGCGGUGGCCAUCGCCGGCUGCUGGAUUCUCUCCUUCCUCGUGGGCCUGACACCCCUGUUCGGCUGGAACAGGUUGGAGGAGGUGCAGCGGGAGGCUAACAGCAGCCAGGGUGAGCCCGUGAUUAAGUGCGAGUUUGAGAAGGUCAUCAGCAUGGAGUACAUGGUCUACUUCAACUUCUUUGUCUGGGUGCUGCCCCCGCUGCUGCUCAUGGUCCUCAUCUACCUGGAGGUCUUCUACCUGAUCCGCAAGCAGCUCAACAAGAAGGUGUCAGCCUCCUCUGGCGACCCGCAGAAGUACUAUGGGAAGGAGCUGAAGAUCGCCAAGUCGCUGGCCCUCAUCCUCUUCCUCUUUGCCCUCAGUUGGCUGCCCCUGCACAUCCUUAACUGUAUCACCCUCUUCUGCCCUUCCUGCCAAAAGCCCAACAUCCUUAUCUAUGUCGCCAUCUUUCUCACGCAUGGCAACUCAGCCAUGAACCCCAUUGUCUAUGCCUUCCGCAUCCAGAAGUUCCGGGUCACCUUCCUUAAGAUUUGGAAUGACCAUUUCCGCUGCAAGCCUGCACCCUCUGUUGACGAAGACCCCCCAGAAGAGGAGCCCCAUGACUAGACUCCACAUACUGGGCCUGCCUGCCCACUUUGGGGGCAUCUCAGCCCAGUCCCACCUCCCCACUGCUCCCACUCCAUGAGCCUUCCUGGCUGGGCUGUGGGGUGUGGGUACCCUGCACCUUGGGUCUUGGAGGAGGUUUGGGGAGGCGCUCCAUGGGGGAAGGAGCCAGGUAACCUGAAGGGAGGAGGAAAGUGGCUUAAGCCUCCCCACCUGUGUGUCCAUCCCACAGGCAGCCUGGUGCUUCAGGUGAGACUGACCUGGGGAGCAUGAGGCUGCAAAGGGGCCAUGUGGGCUGGGAAGGCAAGCUUGGGCUCCCGUGUCAGUCAGGGGAGCAUGCAUAUCUCUGGUGGUGGUCAGGCUACCCUGGGACCAAGCCUAAGGAAAGGAGAGGAUCCCCUCCAACAUGGAUGGAGGGAAAGAAACUGGACUUCCUGGCCUUGCUUUCUCUCCUCUUCUGUAGGAGAAGGUGGCAGAGCCAUUGAGGGGCGGGAAUCAAGGAGCCUCAGUACCAGCCUCCCAGGACCCUGAGCUCCCAGCUAUGCUGGGUGUCAGGGUACCUGCCUUCCUUGCCCCGGGGAGCCCAGGUUUAUACUUGGGAGAAGCAGAAAGAGUGGGUCCAGAAAUCAUCCCCAACCUUUGCUUCAUUCUCCACCAGCCCUUAGACCCUGGGUGGGGGUAAGGGGGGGCUCCAAGCCCCCUGGAGCUGGUGGAGUUGAUGUGCCGGCCUCCUACAGCCACCAGGUGGCAGCACUGAGCCAUCAUUCUAGCCCAGAGUGUCCCAAGGAGGAGCCUGGAGUGUAACUACCUGUCAUCUAGGCCAACCAGCUCCCCUAGCCCCUGAUGAUGGCCUGGACUCUCCUAAGUGACAUCCUUCUCUGCUGUUUCUGGGCCAGAUGGAGAGGAGAGCCCCAGACGUGCCACUAUGAGGGUGCAUUCUGCCUGCCUGGGAAAGGUGCUGGGGUUGGGCACUCCUGGCAUGCCAUGGAACAGGCUGGAACAGAGGACACCACAGUUCUGAGAGUAAAGGCGGGCAAGUCUUCCUGAGGUUUAGAUACCCUCAGUAUCCCUGACAUCUAGCACAGUUUUCAGGGGCUUGGGGCUCUGUUGAGCAGUCUAGGCUUUAGAACAUCUGGGUAAGGGCCCACCCUCUGCCAAACUCGGGGGCCCCAUGUACAGAGCGAUGGGGGCAGGGUUCUGAGCACGAACAGCACCUCCAGCCUUGAAUCCAGGCCCUUGCCCUUCUCAGAGGUAGGAUGUUUCCUGGCUCCCAAGGAGGGCCACCUGAUUAAUAAAAGACUGUGAACCUUGA